AAAACAUCUUUUCUUGAAGACUCCAUUGAACAGAUACCUCUUAACAGGGGCGUAACCAGGUAUUUCUUUACUUUAGUUGCGGUUACCCCCGUUUUGGUACCUAGGCUUUACUACGCCAUAUCAACCCUUACCGCGUGUCACUAUUGGCUCAUAAUUGGCCACCGAUACUCAUCGAGAGUUUGCCCAUGACAAUAUCCUCAGCCGUAAUGGAAGCGGCUCCUAGUCUUGGCACCAGCCUGAAACAAGCUAUAAUCAUCGACGAUAACGUAAGCGUCCUUGCUAAUGGCCCUGGGCAAUCUGGUUCCAUAGACGGCCCGGUAUAUAAAGGAGAGUGUUGUGGCUCAUUCGAGUUUUCGGAUAAGCCGUAUUAUGGUCUAACACCUCGGUCGAUCUACGAAUCACUCAACCAGAACAUCAACAUUAUAGAUGGAUUGCCACCCUGCCCGGCACCAGUACAACCAACGCAAUGCACGCAACUUACUGAUGCCGACGAGCUUGGGAAAGGUUCGAAGAGAAAGCGCGAUGAAUCUUCUUCACCAGGAGGCUUUAAGGCUCCUUAUGGGCCAUCGAACGAACUUCCUAUGUUUAAAACGGAUCAAGAAUCGACUGAUAGCGCAGAUAGCUCAGACGAUGAGCCCCUGAAAAAUCACACUACCACAUCGAUUUUAAGCCCGAAAAGUCAGUACGAGUAUAGAACUUGGACUUCACCUUCGGGGCAGACCAGUUCCACCUCAGGCGCAUUAAUUCCCAAGGAUUACAAGCUCCACGAUGAUCCUAAGUUCCCGUAGAUCUGUCCAGUCCGCUCAUGCCGUACCUUAUUUCCGAAACUAUAUGGGCUGGGUUCUCACUUCACUGUUGGUACCCUAUUCCGGCACCGCUUCGCCCGUUGAUGCUUACCGUUGUCAUAGCAGAAACACAAAGCGAAGUUGUUCAACGAUAAUCAAGAUGGGACACUAUCUAUUAUCAUGGGCGGUGGGGGUUCCGGUGUUCCUGAAGUAGUAUCUUGGAAACCACUAGAUCCUAAUGAACCCCCUAUGGUACGGCCCUCCCUCGC